AUGCCUAACAACCAUAAACCCAAUAAGCAGAAAGUUAACGUUCUGGAGCAGCUCUCCUUUCAGGUGUCCACCAGCAGCAAUGCCUCCAUGACUCUGGACAGCAGAAGGUGUCCAGUCCUGCAGAUGGGUCAGUACUCCACGCUGGCCCUCCCUCUGGGACGGCUCUUUGCUGAUGGGUUUGCAGAUGAGUUCAGUCUGCUGGUACAGCUCCGAAGUCCACACUCAGACGAGCGCAGCGUCUUCACCAUGCUGAGCCCCAACAGUCACAUCCUGCUGCAGCUGAGGAUCAGCGCCUCCGCCAUCGUCUUCAUAGGCACACAGCAACGGCAUUACGAGUUUCCAGUCGGCGCUCUGACUGACGGGCAGUGGCACCAUGUUUCAGUCAGUGUGUCUGCCAAGACGCUGGCGCUCUAUGUGGACUGUUCUCUGGUGGAAAGUGUGGACUGGGUGCACUGCGACAUGGGGAUUAAGACUGACGGGCUUUUUAUAGCUGGAGGGAUCAUUGAGGCCUUUGAGACGCCAUUUGAAGGCCAUAUUAGACAGAUGACCUUUCUAAUGGGUUACCCCGGGGCUGCACGGCAUCACUGUAGCCGCCAUCCACCCUGGUGUGGCGACAUCUCCACUAAGCCACCGCGCUCACCACGCACCAGUAACGUCUUAGAGCAGAACAUGUUCCUGCACCGAGGCGUUUCUCGAGGUGAUGGCACAUUUCCACCCAGACCCACUCAUAAAGAUUCAGUCGUGCAUGGGGAUGUCUUUGUGGUGGACGAGGACAUAGACCUGUUGGAUCCAACAUUCCAAACUGGGGGACAAGUCAGUCCUCAGUGGAAUCCUUUCAGAAAUGGACUUAAGGGGAAUCAGAAGGGCAAGCCUGAGGUGUCCUCUAAAAAUCUAGAGGACAACAUUACCGCAGACAAGAAGACAGACUUUGGAGGAAGGACUUUUUUGUUCCCUGGAAAACCAUCUGACAUUAUUGACUUGGACAAUAAAAAUACCUCCAAGAAGCCAUCAUUAGGAUUCCCUGUUGUUCCCAAACUUCGAUCUGAUUCCAUGUCAAGUGACAAAGUACAGGAGGAGGCAGACGAACAUCUCCAGAUUAUUUCUGGUCCCUCUAGGAAUGCUGUGGUUGAGGAGGGGCGACCCUUCCGCCAGGACAGAACUAGUAAUUCUGAUCACAAUGACAACACACAUCCUCCUGCUGUGACUAUUGUGUCCAGAGACGGUGAUCUGGUUCUGGGCUCGGAUGGCAAAAUGUACCAGCUUCAGCAAGGCACCCCAGGCCAGAUGGGUCCACCAGGGCUAGAGGGCUGUCCUGGUGACCCUGGCCUGCCCGGGUUCAAAGGUGAUAAGGGUAAGAUGGGCUUUGAAGGGCGCCCAGGGAAGAAAGGGGUACCAGGACCUCCUGGACCAGCAGGUUUACCAACGCUCUACCUGUGGAGAAACACGGCUGAGGAAUGGGCUGCUUUUCGGCAAACCAGUUUCUUUCAGCUGCUUCGUGCCGGUUGGCCUACUCAAGAAGGCCCUACAGGACCACCUGGAGAGGCUGGCAGACCGGGCCCACAGGGACCACGUGGUGACCCUGGAGACAGAGGUCAACCUGGGAUACAAGGAGACAUGGGUGAGCGGGGUCCAAAAGGAUUUACUGGACGAGCCGGGGCUCCAGGGAGGGAUGGAGAAAAUGGUGAAGAUGGUCGGACGGGACCUCCUGGUGUGCCUGGACCUCAGGGGCCAUGGGGCUACCGAGGAGAACGAGGGCCCAAAGGAGAGAAAGGUGCUGAGGGUCUCAUUGGAGUUAAGGGCCCAAGAGGUGACACUGGAAAACCGGGUGAGAAGGGACCUCAGGGGAUCCGAGGGGGCUACGGGGUUGAGGGUCCCCGUGGGCCUGAUGGGAAUAAUGGACUGGAUGGGCCACCCGGCCUGCCAGGGCCAACGGGUGCGCCGGGUCUCACUGGGCAGGUCGGGGUUCAAGGCGUCAACGGUUCAAGGGGUGACUUGGGGCCUGCUGGUAGGGUCGGACCCAAAGGUCCACAGGGUCCUACAGGUUUAGAGGGUCAGAUAGGACCUCCAGGACUUAGAGGACCCCAAGGAAAUCCAGGACUCAUCGGUGCUCCUGGACCUAAAGGAGAUCCUGGGCCUGUGGGGCCGGCAGGGGCCAGGGGGGAACCUGGGUUUGAGGGCCCCAUGGGAGCACUCGGGGUUCAGGGUCCUCCAGGUUUCCCUGGAUUAACUGGUGUUAGAGGACCAGACGGAGACAAAGGAGAUCCAGGACCUAAAGGCAACAAAGGUUUUCAGGGGCCGACAGGUGUUGCAGGUCCUCAAGGCGAGAGGGGUUCCUCUGGUUUUCCCGGUUUUCCAGGACUCAUGGGCCGACCCGGACCCAAAGGGUCUGAGGAAACUAAGUGGAGUGGGAAAAGUGCUAGAGAACUGGGAGAUGGCUACAAGAUCUACUACAGUGGAGAAGGCAGCAAGCUGAAUGGCGUAGGAAUCUUGAGCCCAAAGCACAAAGAGGGAGUGAUCAAAGUAGAGUGCCCAUCAGACAGAAUGAUUAUGUUGAGACUGGUGAUAACAGGAGAAGUGUGCUGCAUCAUAUCAGCAUAUGCACCCCAAGUAGGAGAAACGGAAGAAGCGAAAGAUAGAGUCCUAGAAGAUCUGGAAAAUGUGAUACAAAACAUACCAGUUAGUGAGAAGGUCCUAGUAGGAGCAGACAUAAAUGGACAUGUUGGACAGGCAGCAGCGGGCUUCCCACAAGUCCAUGGAGUGCUGAAGGUGCGAAAGGAGAAGAAGUACAGUAUACAAACAAAGAAGAGAGUAAAGAUCUGGAAUCUGAAAGGACCCAAGGUAGAAGAAUACAAAAAGAAAGUAAAAGAGAAGUACCAGGAAGACUCACUACCCAUACAGGAGAAGUGGGAGUCAAUGAAGAGAGCAGCUCUGGAAGCAGCUGAGGAAGUCUGUGGAAUGACCAAGGGAGGAAAACAUCAAGGAAGAGAAACAUGGUGGUGGAGCAAGGAAGUACAGGAAACAAUAAAGAACAAAAAGGAAGCAUACAAGUCCUGGCAGAGAUCAGGAGGAGAUGACAAGAGAAAUGCAUACAAGGAGGCGAAGAGAGAAGCAAAGAGAGCAGUAGCAAAAGCAAAGAAGGAAGUGUGGAAAGACUGGUAUGACAACUUGGAAACAAAGGAGGGAGAGAAGAAGAUAUACAAGGUGGCAAAACAACGGGCUAGAACCAGACAAGACGUUGGAGAAGUUGCAGGCAUCAAGAAUAAAAACGGAGUGCUACUAACAGACGAGGAGAAAAUUAAGGAGAGGUGGAGAGAGUACUUCAACAACCUGCUGAAUGUUGAAAAUGAGAGAGAGCAGCUCGAAGAAUGCCCACCCGUAGAAGGCCCUGUACAGGAGAUAUCACACAAAGAGAGAAAGGGAGAUCCUCUAGACUGUGAAAACUACAGAGGCAUCAAGCUGCUAGAGCAAGUAAUGAAGAUUCUGGAGAAGAUCAUAGAUAGAAGACUCCGCAUGCUAAUAAACAUAGAUGACAUGCAGUUUGGCUUUAGCCCAGGAAAAGGGACCACAGAUGCAGUUUUUAUCAUCAAGCAGCUGCAGGAAAAACAUCUAGAAGCGAACAAAGAGCUCUUCUAUACCUUUGUGGACCUGGAAAAAGCCUAUGACCGGGUCCCGAGGGAGCUGGUAGAGCUCCAGAGGAGGUGGUUGAAGUGGCAGAUCGGUAUGGAAAGGAUGGGCCUGAAGGUGAACACCGGAAAGACAGAGGUCAUGGCAAGCAACAGGAGAGAUGUGAAGGUGAACAUCAGAGACAGAAACAACACAACCCUGAAGCAGGUCAGGGAGUUUAAGUACCUGGGAGUAACAAUACCAGAGAAUGGAGGAACCGAAUGUACAAUUAGAGCAAGAGUGUCAGCAGCUUGGGCCAAGUGGAGAGAGUUGUCCGGAGUCAUCAACGACAAAAGGAUGCCAAGAAGACUGAAGGUCAAACUGUACAACACCAUCAUAAGACCAGGUCGGACAGGACAGAGGGGUUACAAUGGCCAACCAGGCCCACCGGGUUUACCGGGGCCACCUGGACCUGAGGGAGCAGAAGGAAAGCCUGGUACACAGGGUUCUUCAGGUGUAGCCGGUGUCACAGGUGGUAAAGGACAAAUGGGUUUUCAUGGAAUAGCUGGUGAUAGAGGUUCCGAUGGUUCACCAGGUUCUCCGGGACCACCGGGAAAGACAGGACCUUCAGGCUCUCCGGGACCCCCAGGAGAACGGGGUUUCACAGGGAAGCCAGGCCUGGAGGGAAAUCAGGGCCCAGUAGGCAUGUAUGGUGUGCAGGGGAACGCAGGCAUGCGAGGACCUCCAGGUCAUGUGGGUGAAAGGGGUGAGCCGGGAGUACGAGGUUUACGUGGACCUGUUGGGAAGCCGGGGCACGUAGAAAAUGCUCUAAAAGUUGACAGUUUGUUUCUCACUGACAGGGUCGGCCUGGAGACAAAGGCCCCACAGGGUUACCAGGCCCCCUGGGCUCACAAGGUGCUGAUGGAUUAUCGGGAACAGCAGGAGCAAAAGGAGAUAAGGGUUUUCCUGGCUCACUUGGUGAUGCUGGUCCUCUCGGACAAGUUGGACCACAGGGUCUUCUUGGCCAAAGAGGAGCCGAGGGCCCUCCUGGACAAAAAGGGGACCAGGUUAGUGUUUGCAGCAACACAUGUUCUGAGUGUUGAGAUCAUUGGUUUCUUUGCAAUCAAAUUGACAGGGGACCAAGGAACUUAUGGGAGAUCUGGUCCAUCAGGAACCAUUGGAGAAAGAGGAUUAGAAGGACCAAAAGGCCUACAGGGACCUCCUGGACCAGCGGGCAAAGAGGGUGAUGUUGGACAUCCAGGAGAGGCAGGAGAUCCAGGGCCUAAAGGAGAGAAGGGUGAGCUUGGCCCUCUGGGGUUGUCUGGUCAAGAAGGCCCUUGGGGUGCCCUGGGAAAAAACGGCAUAAGAGGCUCUAAAGGGGAGAAAGGUCACGUCGGACUAAUGGGUGAGCCUGGACCGACAGGUGAUGUUGGCCCUGCAGGUUUGACGGGGUUACAGGGAAUUACAGGCCAUCCAGGACCUCCAGGGUUAUAUGGACCUCAGGGACCAAAGGGAGAAUCUGGGCUCGAGGGACUCACUGGACCUCCUGGGUCAGCGGGCGCUCCGGGAAUUAAAGGAGCACCUGGAGCCAGAGGAAACUCAGGGAGGCUCGGUCCAUCUGGCCUGGCAGGGCGACCUGGACCUCUUGGAGAGCAGGGUCCCAGGGGGGAAGUGGGCUCACAAGGACUGAAAGGAGAGCCAGGACCUUCUGGACAAACAGGGGAAAAGGGUGCCGAUGGUCUGCCAGGAAUCAAAGGAACUCCUGCUCUGCUAGGGUUCGAGGGGCCUCCUGGUGAAAUGGGACCUCGGGGCUCCCAGGGUUCCACAGGGAAUCAGGGAGUGACGGGUCGGUCGGGACCUGAAGGAAAACAGGGCACAAAAGGAGAAAAGGGGGAUGAUGGCAUAAUUGGAUCCGCGGGGAAGACGGGGCAGGUUGGAAGGAGGGGAAAACGGGGAAAAGCCGGAGUCAGGGGGUCAAGGGGAGAGAGAGGACCAAAGGGGGAAAAGGGAGAUGUGGGAGUGACUGGGUUGCCUGGCUGGCCAGGACUCAUUGGAACCCCUGGUGUACGUGGAGAGCCUGGAGAUGAAGGUGAAAAAGGCAAAGAGGGUGAGAAAGGCAGUAAGGGACCCCCAGGACAUGCUGGAGGUGACGGCACAAAGGGUAUUUGUGGUCCUGUUGGGAUGCCUGGUCCAGCAGGUCAAAAGGGAGAACAGGGGAAUAUUGGUCCGACAGGAGUGAGGGGUGCACCGGGUCUGCCGGGCCUGCCUGGUUUGUUUGGAUUAAAGGGUGUGAAAGGAUACCCAGGUUUACCCGGGUUAGCUGGACUAAGAGGCCUCCCAGGUCCCCCAGGGAAGCCUGGACCUCCAGGACCAUUCAUAAAUCUGACUUUAACUCAGCUUAAGGACCUGGUUUAUGUGUCAGAUAAACCCAACUAUCCUCUGAUCCAGACGCUGCUGGAUUCUUUGCAGCAGGAGCUCCAGCUGCUGGUGGAUCCUCCUGAUGGCAGCAAAGAUCAUCCGGCUACCACCUGCAUGGAGCUCCGCCUCUGUCACCCUGAAUACAGCAGCGGAAUGUACUACCUCGACCCAAACCAGGGCAGUCCUGCCGACGCUCUGAUGGCCUACUGCAGCUUCUCAGCCAUGUCCACACAGACGUGCCUUCAUCCUCAAGACUCCCAGUUGCCCGUGAGAGCGUGGAUGGAUGAGGUUUCCACAGAAGGAUCGUAUCAGUGGCUCAGUAAGCUGCAGCAGGGCUUUCAGUUUUACUAUCCAGGUGCUAACGUGGUCCAGAUGCGUUUUCUGAGGCUGCACAGUAAUACCGCCGUGCAGAAGGUCACCUACUCCUGCCAUCCAGGACACAGACUCGGUCAGAAUGACAGAGAAGUCAGGUUCCUCACCGACACGAGGAAGCAAAGUUACCUUGGAGCACUGAAUGACUGUGUGCCUGCAGAUGAGGCGGUUUCUGCACCGCGUGAGUCUGGGUUUGAGUUUGAGGACCUGCAGUUGCUUCCGCUGAGGGAUGUGGCGCUGAUGGGAGGCAGGAACUUCAGCCAUCAGUUCGGCUUCACUGUUGGACCUGUAUGUUUCAGCUAGAGUGAGACGACCUCCCUAGAGCAAGGGGGCAUGAUAUGAUCCUCUGUUGACAGGAAA